GGCCGCGGAGACCCGGCGACGUCGGAGCCGCUACCGCGGCAGAGGCCCCCACCCCCGUACUGCCGACGCGCCCCCGGAUCCCUUCCGGCCCACACUCCCGCCCCCAGUCUUGCUUGGUGCAGUGGAGCGGCGGCCAACGCGGCAGCGCCGAGGGCAGGUCUGCACCUCUGCUUCCCCAGCCAGGAGUCACCAAGAUGCCCAUCCUGGAAAAAGCUCCCCAAAAGAUGGCAGCAAAACCUCCCAGCAGUGAGGAGGAGCCUGAGUUGCCCAAACUUCCAGUGCCCCCUCUGCAGCAGACCCUGGCCACUUACCUGCGAUGCAUGCAGCACCUAGUACCUGAGGAACAGUUCAGGCAGAGCCAGGCCAUUGUGCAGCGGUUUGGGGCCCCUGGUGGCCUUGGUGAGACCCUGCAGCGGAAGCUCCUGGAACGACAGGAGAAAACAGCCAAUUGGGUGUCUGAGUACUGGCUGAAUGACAUGUAUCUCAAUAACCGCCUGGCCCUGCCUGUUAACUCCAGCCCAGCUGUGAUCUUUGCCCGGCAGCACUUCCAAGAUACAAACGACCAGCUGAGGUUUGCAGCCAACCUUAUCUCUGGGGUGCUCCAUUACAAGACCCUGCUGGACAGCCACUCCAUCCCUACUGACUGGGCCAAGGGCCAGUUGUCGGGGCAGCCGCUCUGUAUGAAGCAGUACUAUGGGCUCUUCUCCUCCUACCGGCUCCCCGGCCACACCCAGGACACGCUGGUGGCCCAGAAAAGCAGUGUCAUGCCAGAGCCAGAGCACGUCAUCGUGGCCUGCUGCAACCAGUUCUUUGUCUUGGAUGUUGUCAUUAAUUUCCGCCGUCUCAGUGAGGGGGAUCUGUUCACUCAGUUGAGAAAGAUAGUCAAAAUGGCUUCCAACGAGGAUGAACGCUUGCCUCCAAUCGGCCUGCUGACGUCAGAAGGGAGGAGCGAGUGGGCUGAGGCCAGGACGGUCCUCGUGAAAGACUCCACCAACCGGGACGCGCUGGAUAUGAUUGAACGCUGCAUCUGCCUCGUGUGCCUGGACGCCCCGGGAGGCGUGGAGCUCAGCGACACCAACAGGGCGCUUCAGCUCCUUCACGGCGGAGGCUGCAGCAAGAAUGGGGCAAACCGCUGGUAUGACAAAUCCCUGCAGUUUGUGGUGGGCCGAGAUGGCACUUGUGGUGUGGUGUGCGAACACUCCCCGUUUGACGGCAUCGUCCUGGUGCAGUGCACGGAGCAUCUGCUCAAGCACAUGGUGAAGAGCAGCAAGAAACUGGUCCGGGCCGACUCAGUCAGCGAGCUCCCGGCCCCCAGGAGGCUGCGUUGGAAAUGCUCCCCGGAAAUUCAAGGCCUCUUAGCUUCCUCGAUGGAAAAACUUCAACGAAUAGUAAAGAAUCUCGACUUCACUGUUUAUAAGUUUGACGUCUUUGGGAAAACAUUCAUUAAGAAGCAGAAAUGCAGUCCUGAUGCCUUCAUCCAGGUGGCCCUCCAGCUGGCCUUCUACAGGCUCCACGGGACACUUGUGCCCACCUACGAGAGCGCGUCCAUUCGCAGGUUCCAGGAGGGCCGCGUAGACAACAUUCGAUCAGCGACUCCAGAGGCACUGAGUUUUGUCAAAGCCGUCACUGACCACAAGGCUGCUGUGCCGGAGUCGGAGAAGUUGCUGCUCCUGAAGGAUGCCGUCCGAGCCCAGACUGAGUACACAGUCAUGGCCAUAACAGGGAUGGCCAUUGACAACCACCUGCUGGCGCUGCGGGAGCUGGCCCGGGACACAUGCAAGGAGCUGCCCGAGAUGUUUACAGAUGAAACGUACCUGACGAGCAACCGGUUCAUCCUCUCAACCAGCCAGGUGCCCACAACCAUGGAGAUGUUUUGCUGCUAUGGUCCUGUGGUACCCGACGGGUACGGGGUCUGCUACAACCCCCAGCCAGAGAGCGUCCUUUUCUGCAUCUCCAGCUUUCAUGGCUGCAAAGAAACCUCUUCUACAAAGUUUGCGAAAGCAGUGGAAGAAAGCCUCUCUGAAAUGAGGGGCCUCUGCAGUCCGCCACAGUCUACAGUGGGCAAGCCACUGGCAACAAAAGAAAAAGCAACAAGGCCCAUCGAGGGACACCAACCUUGACUCCUGCCACUAGGUUCCACGUCCCCAAACCCAGCAUUCUGCUGCCGCCAGACCCUGCCGAACCCCU